AUGAUGAUUUUCCUAGAUGCAACAAAUCGACAACUCAAUGGAACAACCGAAGGGGACGAAUUUGUGGAUUUUCAUCAACAAGAAUAUGAAAAUGAUUAUUUCCAGUAUAUGCUUGCUUUAGAAAAUAAAUAUUUUCAAGAAGAAAUUGAACCUGAAAUGAGACCAAAUUUCGAUGAUAGAAUACGAAAAUUAAGUGUUAGAUGGAUAUCUCGAAUUGCUAACAAUAAAUAUUUUUUUUCACCGGAGACAAUUUCUACGGCAGUAGCGAUAUUCGAUCGUGUUUUAAAAUUGCAACGUAUUCAUGAAUAUUGCGGAAUUAUCUACGCAGCUGCAUCAUUAUCAUUAGCUGUAAAAUUGGAGGAAAUUGCCCUUUUGGGAAUUGAGGGCCUUAUGGAGCUUGCAAUUCCACCAGCUGGCCCAAAUGAAAUUAUGCAAGCUGAACAACAUGUGAUACUUCUCACCAAUGGUCGCCUGAUUAUUCCCACUCCUUUCCAGUUUUUAAUUUUUUUUAUUAAUAAGUUGCAAGUGGUACCAAGAGGUUUCAUUUAUUUCACGCAUUAUUUAUUGGAAUUGAGCAUGAAUUACUUUGAAUAUCCGGAACAGAAGCCAAGUUUUCUUGCUGCAGCUUCAAUUGUCUUGGCUCGCUUAUGCAUUAUGCCUUAUGAUAGACCAUGGCCAUUUCUUUUUGAGACAUUUGGCAUGUCUCUUAGUCAAAUAAGAAAGGAACUAAUCUUUCUACAUUCAUGCUUUAGAAAAGGACGAUAUGAUGAAAAUUAUUAUAUUUUUACGAAAUAUUCUAGUGCUUCGUUUCAUUAUGUUUCGAGAACAUAUCGAGUACCGAACAUCAGAAAUUUAUUAAAUCCUCCUUUGUAUCCUCCUUAA